AUGCAGAGGGUCACUUAUGCCGAUGUCGAUGAAUCAGCUGAAGACCCUUACUUUACCGAAGAGCGUUUUGGUGACAUUGCAAUAAAGCGAUGGUUGGUUGGGAACAGUAUCGUCACUGUCAAGCAAGCCACGGUGUCCGGGUGGGCUCAGAUAAUCAAAAGACAGCCAUCUGGCACGUCGGCAUACACGGUUCGUGAAUCUUAUAGGCCUCCUCCUCCUCACCAGAUAGAGAAUCACGUCGACAUCACGAGAGAGGGCCAGCCCACGUCCAACUUGAUUUUACCCAGCCAUUUACUGGUGCAACUCAUGUCCCCAAUUCCGCAGACGCACGACUCUGCGCGACCCAUCCCUUUGCCAGACGAUGAGGUAACUGGCCGAACCAUCAGAGUGUUUGAUCGCCUUUCCAGUCUUGAUGGGCACAAGGUCGGUGUUAUUUACAUCGGCGAAGGCCAAACUGAAGAGGCAGAAAUAUUGGCAAACGUAUCGGGAAGCGGCGACUACAUUGAAUUCCUGAAUAACCUUGGAACUUUGACCAAGCUUAAGGGCGCAAACUUCAAUACACAGGGCUUGGAUCGGGAACACGACACCGAUGGACAGUACACGUUUUGCUGGAGGGACAGAGUGACCGAGAUUGUCUUUCACGUCACAACACAAAUGCCGACAGAUCUCGAACGAGAUCCGCACUGCGUGGCGAAGAAACGGCAUAUUGGAAACGACUUUGUCAAUAUUAUUUUCAACGACUCCGGUCUUCCGUUCAAAUUCGACACUUUCCCGAGUCAGUUCAACUGUGUUAAUAUAGUAAUCACACCAGCAUCUCCUGCCUCGUUUCUGGCCACUAGGGAGACGGAUUCGGAGCAGGCGCACAAGAAGAAGUUUUACACGGUGCAAGUGAUGAGCAAACUGGGGUUCCCUGCAAUCUCGCCUGCAUCCGACACCAAGAUGGUCUCGUUAAAAGCUCUGCCUGCCUUCAUCCGGCUCCUUGCCCUCAAUGCGUCUGUAUUUGCCCAUGUCUGGCACAACCGCGAGGGCGGCGAGCACAUCAGUUCGUGGAGCGGUCGCCUUCGGGAAAUUAAGCGGUUGCGAGAGAGACACGGGCCGAAGUUGGGUUCCGUGUCAUCGGCUUCACCGCCGACGCUUCUCACCGGCUCCAUGCCCGCCCAGCCGGCGCCGCUGCAGCCAUAUCAAGACGCGGGCCAACCAGGUGGCAGUAGCGUGAGGGAUAGUUUCAACAGCUUGCGCAGGACGAGUGUAGCUACCUUCUUCACCAACACGAGUGAGCAGACUUCGCAUCGGUCAUCAAUACUGUCUACAACUGCGACAAACGAUACCGAGGUUGGCACCGUGAACGGGCUAGACUCCCUUGUCGAAUCAGUAGAUUUUUCAAAAUGGGGAUGA